AUGCCCGCUCCUGCAGUCUAUGUUCUCGCAAUCGUCGGUACUGUAGCUGCAGGUAUCGCUUUCAAGGAGUUCGUAUACGAACCCCACAUAGCCCCGAGAUUGGAGAAAUGGGCUGAGGAGUUCAUUGCGAAGCGCAAGGCUCGGAGGAGGCAAAAGGAGUCUCUAAUUGCUGUACCUGCGUCCAUCCCAUCGAAGGGUAAAGCGCGCAGCAAACGGUCUGACGAUGGUGGCGAUACGGACGACGAUGAUAAGAGCGCCUAUGAGCUCGAGAAGCUCAUGUCGCACGAAGUUCACGAAUGGCGCAAUGAGGUGGAUAAAAGUACUUCUUCAACUCUCAGACUGAGAAAGAACGUUGCUCCAGAACAAUCAGCCUUAGACCAGUCAAAUGUCUCUAUUCCUUAUCCUGCAUUGACCCCUACACACGUUAUAUUCAAUUCUUCUAUUCCAUCGACGCCCACGACCGUGAGUGAUAUCAGCAGAGUAUCACCCUCGCCAACGUCGUCGCCGCUCCCCCAGACAUUGCCAGAUAUCCACGUAUCGCCCUCACGUUCGACGUUGCGCUCACCAUCUCUGACGUCUCUCCCUGGCCGUCUUCCAACGCCAGCCCCUUCUGAACUUUCGCCACAGCUCGCAUCAGACCAGCCCUUCCCACCAUUCACGUUCUCACCAAGCUCGAUUCCCAGUCUCUCACUCUCUCACCCCGUUGACCUCGAUCAAGAACAUGGCGUCGAACUGCUAUCAGCACCCUCGUCUCGUCCCGACUCGCCAUUCUCCAAUGUAUCCAAUACGGAGUACUACUCGUUCAACUCCCCAACCUCGUAUGGCGAACACUUGGUGCUCUCUGAUGGCAACGACCAUGAUGCAGUCGUUUCCGUGGCAUCCUCUGAGAGCUCUGUCUCUGAAAUUGGCGAACAUGACUCGGAUGAACUCCGCAGUAAUUUUGGCAGCGAAAUAUCUGCGUCUAGUUGGGCUAGCGUGGGUUCUCGGGCGCCAAGUCCUUAA